CAAAACAGGGCCAAGUCCGUGACGCAGUCACAAAAGCCAAGAACCCACUUUCUCUCCCUCUUCUCUAUUGUCUCUUUAAUCUUCAUAUCGGUGAUUGUUGGCCAUUAUAAAUACCCUACUUCCCCGUGCCUCUUUUUCAAGCUCACAUCCUAAACCUUAUUUCCUUUACCUCUAUAAUACCUACACCUCUCUCUUCCCCCCGUAAAAGCACAAAAUAUUUAGGUGAAAAAAAAAAGACAGAGCAAAAUGAGAAGCAUUUCAACCUCAAAGCUAAACACACCCAUCACAACCACAAGUACACCAUCAUCUAUUCACUCCGCAUGGCACUCUCCAAUACCCUACUUGUUUGGAGGACUUGCUGCCAUCAUGUGUCUCAUAACCUUUGCGUUAUUGAUGUUGGCUUGCUCCUAUUGGAGACUCUAUGGGAACCAACAUGGUGACCAAAGAGACUUGGAGAAUAAAGAGGGUGACCCUGAAAAUAAGGAACCAAUCAAGGUCCAUGAGGAGAAGAUCCUGGUCAUUAUGGCAGGGGAUGAAAACCCAACAUUCUUGGCCACCCCUACGUGUUCCAAGUCCUCGUCUUUUGUUCAUGAUGUUGGCAACAAUUUUGACCAACACCUCGGUAACCGUGACAAACACCUUGUUCUUGUUCCAGCUGCUGAUACCACUACUCAACAAGAAAACAACCGAGAUUCCCAACAAGAACAACAUAGCCGCCAAUGAGAGAUUAUAUAAGUUGGUUACGUAAUUACUGAUUUUGAAAUUUUCUUUCACUUGGUAAGGUUCUUUUGCUUGUGGUCUUGCUAGCUUUGAGAAAGAGGGGAGUGAUGGAAUGAGAUUCCUUUUUUUUUUUUUUUUUCAUCAUUCACUCUUUCUUCUUUUUGGUUUAGAGAAUGUAAAUUCAAGGCGAGGGGAAUUCCAAUUGAGGGAGUUUCCUUUCAAUCUAAGGACAACCAAAUUUCGCAUGAUAUGUGUCACUUUUUCUCGAAUU